GAUGUUUAUGUGAGUUUUAGCUAGAGAGUGGAGGGAGUGUUGUGCGUGCUUCUCUAGUGGCGCCUUUCUUCUUCUCAUCCAAGGUUAUAGGUCAAGGGUUUCGUCAUUCGCGAUCCCUCGCGGCGGGAGCUCGAUCUUGGGAGGCAUAGAUGCGGCGGCGCGGCGCAAUGCGGCAGCGUACGGCGCGGGGGCGGCGCUAGCGAUUCGAGGGGGGAGAUGUCGACGGCCGGUCUGGAUCCGGAGUCUGCGACGUCGGCUCCCGGGGCGUCGGCGGGAGGGACGACGCUGCAAACGAAUUACAAGCAAGCCGUGAAGGGGAAUUCGCUGAGAGCGCUCUUGUGCCUGACAUACCAGAGCUUUGGAGUGGUGUAUGGCGAUCUUAGCGUGUCCCCGCUGUACGUUUAUCGGAGUACCUUCUCCGGGAAAUUGCGGCUCAACGAGAACGAUGAGGAGAUUUUGGGCGUUCUCUCCUUCAUCAUCUACACGCUCACGCUGUUACCGUUCAUCAAGUAUGUUCUCAUAGUCAUGAAUGCCGAUGACAAUGGGGAAGGUGGCACUUUCGCCUUGUAUUCGCUCUUGUGCCGCCAUGCCAAGCUAAGCCUUUUACCAAACCAGCAGCCCGCGGACGAGGAUUUAUCCACCUACAAGCUGGAAGGAGGGCGCACCAACAGAAAGUCUGGAGGCGUUCCAUUCAAAGCUUUCCUCGAGAGGCACAGACAUCUUCGGAUUAGUCUUCUUGCGAUAGUCCUCCUCGGGACGUGUAUGGUCAUUGGCGAUGGAGUUCUUACACCACCUAUAUCAGGUCCGGCCUUCGUAAAACGUUGUCAAAGCCGUACGCUGACUGUUUUUUCCUUUUGUUUUCCAGUUCUUUCCGCUGUUUCCGGAAUCAACUCUACGGAAACCGAGCACCAUGAACACGUGGUCCACAUUAUUGCGUGCUUGAUAUUGAUCGGGCUGUUUGCGCUGCAGCACUUUGGGACGCAUAGAGUUGCCUUCAUUUUCGCACCCAUCGUGAUAGCGUGGCUGUUCUGUAUUGCGGCAAUCGGUGUAUAUAACAUCGCAGCCUGGAAUCCCGGAAUCUUUCGAGCUCUGUCACCUUACUACAUGUACAACUUUUUACGAAAGACGGGCGUGGAAGGCUGGACUUCUCUGGGGGGGAUUCUCUUGUGUAUCACAGGAACGGAAGCGAUGUUUGCUGAUUUGGGACACUUUUCCAAGCUCUCUAUCAAGAUUGCGUUCACGUGUGUAGUCUAUCCUUGUCUUGUUCUUGCCUACAUGGGACAAGCGGCGUAUCUCUCCAAGAAUCACGAUGACAUUUUGAAGAGUUUCUACAAAUCCAUACCGAAGACUGUGUACUGGCCAGUUUUCGUCAUCGCCACGCUCGCGUCCAUUGUUGGGAGCCAGGCAGUCAUUUCUGCAACCUUCUCGAUUAUCAAGCAAUGCCUAUCUCUGGGUUGCUUUCCACGAGUGAAAGUUGUCCACACAUCCAAAGAUAUUUACGGUCAGAUUUACAUUCCCGAAGUCAACUGGAUGCUCCUGCUUCUCUGCCUUGCCGUGACACUCGGAUUCAGGAAUACAAUCCUCAUCGGCCACGCAUAUGGUUUGGCCGUUGUCACGGUUAUGUUCGUCACCACUUUUCUCAUGUCACUGGUGAUCGUCAUGGUAUGGAGGAAGAGCAUCUUCCUGGCAGCUGCGUUUCUCCUUUUCUUUGGCUCCAUCGAGGCAUUUUACAUAUCAGCGGCACUGAUCAAAGUCAGGGAAGGCGGCUGGGUCCCGUUGGUCCUCGCGGUGAUAUUCAUGGCGGUCAUGUACAUAUGGCACUACGGCACCUCCAAGAAGUACGAGUUCGACUUGCAAAACAAAGUCUCCAUGAAGUGGCUGCUCACGCUGGGCCCGAGCCUUGGCAUCGUCCGAGUUCCUGGAAUAGGCCUGAUAUACACAGAGCUGGUGACCGGCGUCCCCGCCAUCUUCUCACACUUCGUCACAAACCUCCCGGCGUUUCACCAAGUCCUCGUCUUCGUCUGCAUCAAGUCCGUGCCAGUGCCUCACGUCCCACCGCAGGAGCGGUAUCUAAUCGGCAGGAUCGGGCCCAAGGAGUACCGGAUGUACAGGUGCAUUCUCAGAUACGGCUACAAGGAUCUCCACCAGGACGACCAGGACUUCGAGAACAUGCUCAUCGUCAACAUCGGCGAGUUCAUCCAGAUGGAGGACGCGCACCCCUGGAUCCCCUCGAGCACCGAGGUGUCCGUGGAUGGGAGGAUGACGGUGGUGGGAACUCCGUCGCGGGCAGCGAUGAGGCUCGUCACGUCGGGGCUGGAGGACGUGGAGCCGCCGCCGCAGCAGUCCGUGAGCUUCCGGAUGGACAGGCCGAGCGGCAAGGAGCUGCUGGAGGAGCAAGAGCUGGAGGAGGCGGAGCUCCCUCGCCUGGACAACAAGAAGAGGGUGAGGUUCGAGCUGCCAAAGGCGGCGGUGGAGAUGGAUCCGUCCGUCAAGGCGGAGCUGCUGGAGCUGAUCGAGGCCAAGGAGGCCGGGGUGGCGUACGUGCUGGGGCACUCGUACGUCAAGGCGAAGAAGGCGUCGUCGUUCGUGAAGAAGUUCGCCAUCGACGUGGUGUAUAACUUCUUGCGGAAGAACUGCCGGAACUCGACGGUGGCGCUGAGCAUCCCCCACAUUUGCUUGAUCGAGGUGGGCAUGACUUACUACGUGUGAGAGAGUGAGUGAGUUCCAGCGUUUGCGAGGAUCGAAAGCUCUCCGAGUUUGGUGGUACUAAAACGAAAGAUCUUGCAAGUUCCAAGCGUUGUUUGCUGUGUAUAUAGCUUAUAACCUUAUGGUUUUUUUGCUAUGUGAUCUCUCUUUUUUUC